ACGCUGGAAAGCUGGAAAACGGAGCUGAAGAAAAGAGGCGGAAAAGGAUCACUAGAAAAGGAUAAACAUAAAAUGAUAUUUUCGCAGCGAAACUAAUCGUACAACAUGGUGAAUCUGAUUUUCUAGUCCUGAGUCGCCCGACCGAGGUUCGCUUCGUCAAUCGCUACGAUUUGCUUAUAUAAAUUGCUCAAGCGAUCUCGGAAUCGUCUUCGAUCUGGAAAGCGGAGAGUGUAAGGUGAUUUGGCGGAGAGUCCAUCCUGAGUUCUUAGGAUGGCGGAGGCGGAGACCGAGAAGAGCUUGCCUGAAAAUGCUGUACCGGAGGAGAAUGUAAAAAAGAAGUUCGUUGUUCCAGAUCCUGAGUUCUUCAGUUGUAUGCUUCAGUCUUCGCACUCCGAUUCCGAUCCUAAUUACAUCGGAAUUCGCCGACUUCUUCUCUACCGCAAAGCCGAGUCCGGUGUUCUCCGCCGCAAACACUUCAUUGUAUUGAAGGAUUGGAGAUGCAAUGGAAAGGGUUAUGUGGCAUAUCGUAAUUUCAUUAAUCGGCCAAGGAAUUGGGAAACUUUGCAGAUACCAAGCCACUCAAGCACCCCGGGGAACAGUGGGCGAUGGCUAACAUCUCCAAAUCGACUAUCUCAUUUGUUUGAUCUGGAAAGCUGGAGUUUUAACAGAGACCGAGCAAGCAUUGCUCAAAGUCAAACAUUAAGCCGCACUACAAGUUUCAGCUCAAAUGCUAGUGAUAGUGAUCGUUCUCGUCCUCGUAAAAAGUCUGAACCUGCAUAUUCCUUUGUUGGGAUGCAUUGCAUCUUUGACAAAUGCCAGGCCAUGGUUACGGUCAUAAAGUUUGGGCACAUGAGUUCUGAUCUACUUGCAUAUGGGGCAUCCGAUGGGAGCUUGACAGUGUGCACUGUAUCUAUGCCCCCUUCAAUUCUUAAGCAGUUGACUGGACAUACUAAAGAUGUCACAGAUUUUGACUUCUCGGCAAAUGACCAAUACAUUGCCUCAUCUUCAAUGGAUAAAACUGUGAGAGUAUGGGAUAUUUCCCAAUGCCUUUGCAUUAGGGUGAUAUAUGGAGUGUCACCACAACUAUGUAUUCGAUUUCAUCCUGUCAAUAAUAACUUUCUUUCUGCUGGAAACUCAAAAAAAGAAAUAAAUGUGAUCAAUUUUAGCACUGGGAGAACAAUUAGCAAAACUGUCUUUGAUGGUGAAGUAACUGCUAUGGAUCAUGAUCACACUGGUCAGCUUAUUUUCUGUGGUGAUGGUCAGGGCUGUCUAUACGCAGUGUCUAUGGACUCUCGUACAGGUGCGCUGUCUAGAUCUCACCGACAUCGGAGUAGCGGCAAAUGUAGAGCAGCGGUUACAACCAUUCAAUACAGGACAUUUUCUCUGCUGGCUCGUGGCCCCGUGUUACUUUCUUUUAAUCGUGAUGGAAACUUGUCUUUUUAUAGCGUGUCUUUGGAGGUAAAAGGUUAUCUGACGCUUCGUUGCUCACUUAAAUUGUCCCCACGAAUGCACAGCAUUCGUGCAUCUUUCUGCCCCCUACUGUCCCUUGAAAAGGGAGAAUACAUUGUUGCUGGAAGUGAUGAUACAAAUGUGUACUUCUAUGAUUUAACUCGGCCAAAUCGUACAUGUGUUAACAAGCUACAGGGUCAUGGAUAUCCAGUCAUAGGUAUUGCUUGGAACCACGGUGAGAACUUGUUAGCUUCAUCUGAUUUUGGUGGCACCGUGAUUGUAUGGAAGAGAGCAAGGACGACCUGAAAUCAUCAUUCAAGUCCUUUUUUUUUUUUUUUUUUUUUUUUUAAUUCAAUGAUUUUAAUGUAAGCUGCUCUGCAUCUCGUUCACCUGUAUAGACUAAUUUUUCAUUUUGUUUUAUAUAUGUUGUGUUAUGAAAACUCUUUAUCUAUAAAACCAGUGUAUAAUGUAUUAA